GAGAAGUGUAAAAUAAAAAAGAAAAGAAGGCGUUGGUUAGUAGAGAGGGGGUGCCGCAGGUAUGUGGAAUCUAAUGACUAUUUAAGUUAAUUCUUGCAGAUUAGAUGGUUCGAAGAAUGAUUAGAAAAUCCGAUUGAAUUAAAAAUAGAAUCGCCGGUUUACGUUAUUGAAGAAACAUAUGUAUAUUUUAUAUUAGAGAUUGGCAAGUUAUAUAUGAAUGAAUAUUUCAUUUGCCCUACUUAAAUUUCUUAAAUUUCGGAUACCAAACUGAAGUCCUUCCGUUUUGUUUAGGACUGCGAAUUGAAUGAAUAAACAGAUCAAAUAACGAAAAAGAUCGAAGAAUGAUUAAUGAUUAGAAAAAAUAAAUGGAAAACUCGGGUUGUAUUAAUUCAGAAAGACUCAACAAAUAGGAACUAAAAAAAGAUUAAGUCUUUCUAAUGAUCGAAUGAUUCAAUAAUAUUAUUAUUUAUUAUUUCAAUUUGGCGUUUUUAUUUUAGUUAUUUCGACUGGAUGAAUAUUACUAACGGAAUAAUUAAGUCCUAAUGCAUUGGUUGAUUGUAUCAUUAACCAUUUCUUUUUUUUGUGUGUGAGGAACUUAUCAUGAAUCCAUUGAUUUCUGCCGCUUCCGUUAUUGCUGCUGGAUUGGCUGUAGGGCUUGCUUCUAUUGGACCUGGAGUUGGUCAAGGUACUGCUGCGGGACAAGCUGUAGAAGGUAUUGCGAGACAGCCCGAAGCAGAGGGAAAAAUACGAGGUACUUUAUUACUUAGUUUAGCUUUUAUGGAAGCUUUAACAAUUUAUGGAUUGGUUGUAGCAUUAGCGCUUUUAUUUGCGAAUCCUUUUGUUUAAUCUCAAAAAAGAAAUAUGAUAAAUACAUAUUUCUUUUAUAGUCUUGGAUUUGCAGGUUGCUUUUUCACAUUUAUAGUAAAAUAUCGCUCCUACACAAUUACUCAUUCGUUGCGAAAAUAACCCACGGGAAGGACUUAUUUGAGGAUGAAGAAUUAGUGUUACCCACUCGCUUUCUUCCUUCCUUCCCCUUCGUAAGUUCCAAGGCGAAGUCUUGCAACAAAGGAGGUAUUUCGCAAUUCGCAUGAAACCUAGUACCUAAUUAAUAUUAAGAAUUCUAUUCCAAAAAAUGAAGUAUUAUUCUUAUUGGAAAUUAGGGAAUCUCAAUAUAAAAUAAAUAAAAAAUAAUUUUUCAAAACUUUUUUUAUUUAUUUUAUAUUUAUUAAGUACCAACGAAGUGAAAUAAUACAAUGAUUUUUGUAGUUUAUUUAUAAGAGGAGAUCAUAUGAAAAAUGUAACCGAUUCUUUCGUUUUCUUGGGUCACUGGCCAUCCGCCGGGAGUUUCGGGUUUAAUACCGAUAUUUUAGCAACAAAUCUAAUAAAUCUAAGUGUAGUUCUUGGUGUAUUGAUUUUUUUUGGAAAGGGAGUGUGUGCGGGUUGUUUAUUUCAAAAAUAGGUUGGAUUCAACCAACUGUACCUCUUUUUGUCUUUAUAAUUAAAGCAAAAUUCUAAGGUGCAUGAUUUCACGAAUGACUUCUGAAUCAAUAAUAAAUAAAGAAAUCAUAUGUAAGAACCAUAGCAUUUCGUGAUUUGUUGGGAAAUAUACUUUGAUUCUCUAUUAACCAAUAAUGUAGGACCAUUAACAUGGUUAAAGCUUAAAUUGUUUGAAGUCGAAGCACAGCAGGGUAUUCUUUACUACCAUUAUAUUGAUACUUAAUACCGAGACGUAUUUUAAAAUCGUUAUAAAUUUUUCGAUAUAUAACACUCAUGUCGAUAAAAAGAUUUGAAUCCUUUUUUUCUUUUUUUAUUGGUAUUGGAAAAAGGUUUAUCCUUUUUAUUUACUUAAGAAUAUAUUUUAAGUAAAUAAAUGCCAAAGGCUGAGUCGACGACCUACGUAUAAAGUAAAAAAAAAUUGGAUUUGAAGAAAAAAAACAACUUUGCUGACAAUUACUUAAUACUUAUAUUUAAUACUUAAAAUAUAUAAAUAUAUUUCUAUUUUUUUGUUUGGGUCAGAAGAGUCCUCCAAAUAUUCUAGUCUUGAUUAGUGAUUCGUUUCCAUUUUUUGUGGAACAUGACCAGAGAAGAGAGGAUAGGUUCAUUACAUUCAAAAAAGGUAUGGAAAUUUGCCCGAAAUAAUUGAAGUAAUUGAGCGUGAGAGCCAAAUGAAUUGAAAGAUUCAAGUUUGGUUCGGGAAGGGAUCAUGAACGUUUUGAAAUGAAUGGAAAGAUAAUCUACUUUCAUUAAAUGAUUUAUUAGAUAAUCGAAAACAGAGAAUCUUGAGUACUAUUCGAAAUUCAGAAGAACUACGCGGAAAAGCCAUUGAACAGCUUGAAAAAGCCAGGGCUCGUUUAAAAAAAGUCGAAAUGGAAGCGGAUCAGUUUCGAGUGAAUGGAUAUUCUGAAAUAGAACGCGAAAAAAUCAAUUUGAUUAAUUCAACUUAUAAAACUUUAGAACAAUUAGAAAAUUACAAAAAUGAGACCAUUCAGUUUGAACAACAAAAAGCGAUUAAUCAAGUCCGACAACGGGUUUUCCAACAAGCCUUACAAGGAGCUCUAGGAACUCUGAAUAGUUGUUUAAACAACGAAUUACAUUUACGGACCAUCAACGCUAAUAUUGGCAUGUUUGGUGCGAUGAACGAAAUAACCGAUUAGUCCUUCUAUUCGAUUGUAGGUAUUAUUUUUUUGUUUCCAAUAAUAAAAAAAAAAAAAGAAAGAAAUAAAGAAUUAAGAAA